GUUGUAGUUAAUACGAAACAGAUAAGCAGCGUACAAGCAUUUCUUGAUGUUAUCAAUGAGAAAAUUGGUUUAACGCAUGGCGCCAAGAAGUUAUACACUUUAAAUGGCGAAUUAAUCAAGUCGAUGGAACAAAUUCGGCAUGAUAACGAAUAUGUAGCGUCAGCAAAUGUUUUUACACCACUUCCUUAUGGACAAACCAAGCUGGCAGCGACUGCAAACGGAUCGCUGAAAACUGAUUCUGAAAGCAGCUCUACAUCAAAAGUUUCUUUUUUCAGUUUCUGUAAAUUCUCUUUUUUUGACAGAGGACAAUCAAAAAGAGCUUCUGGGCUAAUCAGAAACAAAAGUACACUAUGUUGCUACUUGAUAGCCUGGUGGUGA